CACAAACGUCGGAUAAUUAAUGAGUGAAAAAAAAGAGAAAGGGGGGUUAAAAUUGUUUGGAAGCGUCUCACGGUUGUAUUUUAAGGCGAAUGCGGUUUAUGUGCAUUGAAAAGUAAAUUGUUGGUGAAGCUACCUGUCAUUGGAGUUGAUCUUGGCUUUCCCUGGCAACAAGUGUCGUUUUACCAACUCCGGAAACAAUGACUUAUCGACAAUCGAGCCCACGCGAUUCGUUAAUUCCAGUCAUCAAACUGAUUAAAUAUUAAAAAACUGUGGAAAAAAUUGACGGACACGAUGGAGAAACGGCAGGAUGGGCUGGCUCCGUUUUCCUCUGAUGAAUGUCCAAACAGUGGUGAAGACAGCGAUGAAGACGUAGUGACAGACUACCUUAACUCAGAGCAAACAGACUGCAGUCAUGCAUCAGCUAUUAACGGUGAACUAGUGGGCUCGACCAUUGAUGGAACUCACCGCCAAUCAGCUGAUUAUACCAAAGAUAACGUCGAUAUGGCAAUGGCCGAGACUGGUGAUGACCGACGUAACCCAUCUUCCCUUGGUAUCACCAGGAGUCAGCAGAAUCCCCUUGUCCCGACUAUCAGUGUAACGCCACAUUCUCCAGGACUGGCUAAACACUAUCCAGUAUUGGAGGACAAUCUUCAGCAGUUGAACGAGAUUCACAACAGCAUCCAACGUAUGCGUGACCUGACUGUCUGCACUGUCGGGUACAGACUGCUGUCCCAGGCGGAAAAUCUUCACAGACUGAGUUCCUCGUGUCCAUCGCUGGGACCACUGGGGAGAGGCCCCACUGGAGACAGGGUACCUGGCUCCGAUCCCGAUUUGGCUAAUUGCUCCACAAACAGUUCACCCACUCAUUUCCCGCAAGGGCAGCUGCCACCAGGUAUGCUUGGGGUUGACAGGAGGAGAAGCUGGACUGAUCUUGAGGAGAGCAGAAAAAAUCGGCAUAGAUGCGGCGUACAAAAUCAUCUGCAGGCACAGAAUAUGCGACAGCGAAGUAUCAGCCUAAGUAGCCUUGACAGUGAAAUGGACCUUGAAAUUGAUGGUAAAUCAACAUCGGCAUGUGCAAGUGUGGCAAAUCGCUCCUGUAGAUCUCAAACCAGUACUCACUCACUCAAUGAAGCUGACUUAGUUCAGAUUGAUCCACACAAGUCAGCGGUGAAACGAGUAAGCCAAAGACUAACAGAGACUGUGAAUCUGUUGCCGGGAGUGACAGGAUCACGUUUACCACUUCAGAAAUCCAUCUCCACUCCAUCAAUUAUCGGUCCACCAGGACAAGCACCCCUGGAGGGCACAAGGACAACGCCUUCUCUAGCCACCAGAAGACACGAACCAAACGAGAAAGGUAGUGGAAGUGAAACUGAGACCGAGGAUCCACCCCACAGUCAUGCAUAUCAUGGUGAUAUUAUUCGUGAGGGUUCCCUCAAUGCCCAAACUUCCCUCGACGAGCUCAUGACCGAUGGAACGGUGUACGAUGAUCAUCACUCGGAGAAAACCCGGAGAAAGCGGGGAUCGUUGUUCUUCAGGAAGAAAAAGGAUAAGAGUGGUAAGAAGCCUAGUCAACAGACUCACCACUGGGUGACAAUGAGUAUCCAGGGAAAUUACGUUUGUGAUUACUGCAUGAAACAGUUUGGAAAUAAAUCAGUUCUACAUUGUGAGAUCUGUGGUGCGAUGGUUCAUCAGAACCAGUCAUGCAAGGACCAGAUGUCAAGCGAGUGUGUCAAGUCGAAGAAUAACUCCCACAAGGGCUCUACAAAGUCAAUGUCAAGUGUGUCAAUUGUGACGAGCAGUGGGCAUGUCAAGAGGGGCUCCACUGUCUCAUUACCCCCAUCAAGUUCAACCGGUACAAACAGGGAAAUUAGCAACAAGAAAACGGUGACAAACUACAGCCCUUGGCGGCGUGUCGCCACAAAGCUUGGAGUCAACCAAUCGAUCAGCGAGGAAAAGGAUGGAGAAGGACAACGUGAUAUUGUCAGUGGCUGGGAGGAAUUUGACUUCGGCGAUGAGGUGCACCAACUGUCAAUCGGUGAUAUCGAGGGCCUAGAUCCUGAACUCGGUCUCGGCAGCGACGAGCCCGACUCCUGGAGUGCGGCAAUUGGUCGCAGUGACGCCCUACGACUGGUGAACGGCAAUGAUCGCGAAGUAAAGCGCCAAGAGCACAUCUACGAGUUUGUCCUGACCGAGAAGCACCAUUGUCUGGUGCUUCUCGCAAUGGAGCGAAUAUUCGCGGAGGGCCUUCGUCGUUAUUUUCGUUUAACCCCACCCGACAUCGAACGAAUGUUUCCACGUCUCCGCGAUCUCAUCGAUAUUCACUUAAAAUUUCUCCUCAAACUUCGCAAACGCCAGAGAGCAAAUCUCGUAGUCCCCACCAUUUCCGAUAUUUUGGUCGACCAAUUUUCGUAUGAAACCGCCUCCCGUAUGAAGAGUGCAUACGGUGAAUUCUGCAGUCGUCACAGGGACGCAGUGGAUUUCUACAAAUACUAUCUUCGAAACGAUCCCCGAUUCUCCCGUUUUGUCCGCCUAUGCCAAGCUAAUCCCCUUCUCAAAAAGAAGGGAAUCCCCGAGUGCAUUCUCUUUGUGACCCAGCGCUUGACCAAGUAUCCCCUCUUGGUAGAGCCCCUGAUCAAAACUUCCACCACGAACGACGAGAAAGACGAUCUUCGCAAGGCCCUUGGUCUCGUCAAAGAAAUUCUUGCCGAUGUGGACGCAUGUGUUGCCAACAAAGAACGUGAAGAUCGAAAACUCGAGAUCUACCAUAGAAUAGACGCCAAGUCCUUUGCCACUCAUAGAGGUACAAAAUUCAAAAAGUCCGAUCUAAUGGCGUCCAAUCGGGUUUUGAAAUUUGAGGGAAAUGCCUACCUGAUGCAGGGCCGCGCCAAAACCGUGCCCGUUGUCGUCGUUGUUCUGUCUGAUAUUCUGUUCUUUCUCGCUGAAACACGUGAUCAAAAGUACGCGUUCUUUGUACCUGAGAAUAAAGCGGGUGUUGUAUCCCUGCAGAAACUUUUGGUGCGGGAGAAAGCCGGUCAGGAGUCACGUGGUAUCUACCUGAUCAGCAGUAAUCCCAAAGUCCCGGAGAUGUUUGAAUUGAAGGUCCAGAAGCCGAAGGACAAGCAGAUUUGGAUACAAUCAAUUUGGGCGGCAGUGGAGUCUUGUCCACCGGAGAACGAUUGCGAGAGUGACGGUUUCGAUCGGGGAAUUGGAAUAUCCAGUGAUAUAUCACGCUCGGGGAGUUCUGCUUCGUCAAUGCUGACCGUUGACGAACGUCAAAAAAUCGCUAAAGCUAAGGAAACACACAUCCUGGAGAUCGUGGGGGAACUCAGGAAGAAGGACACUGAGCAGGCACUUCUACUCGAGGAGAAAUUGGCGCUGCAGAUGCGGUUACUGUAUGCAGCCAGUGUCUGCAAUGAGAAUGAUGACAACGAGAGCCGAGGGGACAAGGUGGAGCGAAGCGAGAAGGACAUUGAUUACACGAGACUGGUGCGAAACGAGGGAACAGAUUCUGCACAAUUGUGGCAGGAGGUUGUCGUGGCUGUACAGGAGGUAACGAGACUGGCGAGUUCAUUGUCCUUCAGUGCUGGGGGUGGAUCAUUGUCUAGGAGUCUGAGUUCAGCUGGGGAGCGUCACAGUGAGGCAUAUGUACCUCCGGCUCUGGCUGUUCCCCGGAGAGCGGAGACGUUCGCAGGUUUCGAUCACAAUAAGGAGAGAUAUCCUUGGAGGGACUCAGCAGCGCUGCACUCAGUGAUACCUCCGCCGAAGCCCUGCGAACUACUGAAACCGAGAGAUAAAACUGAGAGACCUGAUGAGGAGGGCCCAGAAAUCAACAAGGAUCAACAGCUAGCAGCGAUAAGACUUUCUCAUUACGUGUACACACUUUUAUGCAUAAUAACCAACCAGAUGACAACGAUUGACAGUCUCCAGGCGCAGUUAAAUGCCUGUAAAGACUGGUCCGGCUCCUCAGGAAUUGGUAAAUCAUUGAAUCAAAAAGUCAACUCUAAUCGCCAGUUGGAGGAACUCCGGAAUCUCCAGGAUCAAUUGAGUCGCGAGAAGGCUGCAUUCAGGGCAGUGACUCAGCAGGAGAAAAUGCAGAUGCAGGAGGAGAGGAGUGAUUUGUCGAGAUUGAGGGAACAGUUGGCCGCUGAGCAGAGGGAUGUCAAUCAGCAGAGGGAUCAGUUGUAUCGAAGGUUGGAGGCUUUGGAGAGACAAGGCGUUUCUCUGGUCGCCCCAUCUACAGCUAAUCCUUCAGCUGGUGGUCACGGCCAUAGCUCGCACUCAUCUCAUGGAUCGCAGGGAGGUGACACUCUGCUCCAGAGGAAGUCCUUACCCGAUGCCAAGAGAAUACCUUUGAAUCUCAUCAGUGCUACUAAUCAGCAGAAAGCCUCUAGUAGUCUUCCUCCUGUUAAACAACAACUUCCCCUCAAACUCGCCAGUGGUAGCAACAACAACAGCACGAGGCACAAUACCGGCACCAAUAAUAGCCCAGACAGGCAUUCCAGGACUUCAAGCAGCCCUGCCACCGUCAAUCCCUCCGCUUAUGCGUCACCAGAACUUGGGAAUUAUAACAACGGAAACACCUGUCAACUGAAUCGUUCAUUGAGAAGUAAUAAGUCACCGCCUGAAACGUUUCAUCCGCUGCAUCAUUCACAAUCGCACUCCCAUGCACAUUCUCAUCAUCAGGGACAUCAACGGGUGGAGGUGCCACCGCAGGCUCAACAGAGAGCCGAGUCACAACCACCUCUCGAGGAGGAGGUCAUCUUCUUCUGACGACUCUUUCGCUUUGGCCGAAAACCUACGCGUCCACCCAGAGCUGUUGAUACUCCAACGUCAUCCAGCACUCCUGUUACUACUCCAACACCAUCCAGGAGUCAACCGAAGGAUUCGCAGAGCAGGAGUCGAGUCAAGUCGUUUUGACUUUCAGAUUAGUAACGAUGAGGAAGGUAUUUACGAAACCGAAUUCAAUAGAGUAUUUCAAUCGAGUAUUACAAUGCCAUUUUAAUGUGGCUGGCAGUAAAUUAGUGCUCAUCUUGUUGCUUACUCCGUUAAUAUUGUUGAUGAAAAUGAUGAAAUCGACUGAAAGUUCUAUUAUAUAAACAUUUUCACGUAUCACAUCCACGUCAAUAUCUACGUACGUAUAUAUAUUCAUGGGGGGGGAGGGUCUUCAGAAAGUGGUGAGCAUUCCAUGAGGAACGGAAUAGUACAUCAGAUAGAGGUAUUUGAGAGCGAUAGAGCGAUAGGAUAGUCUCAUAAAACCUAAUUAAAAUGGAUACUUAUCUAUCUAAUCAAUUAAAACGGAGUUGCUAAAAUUGGAGGGAAACAUCUUUCUCUUAAAUUGCUCUCACAAAUUUCUAUCGAACAUUGGGGAAUUGGGAAAACAGGAAGAUCUAUCAAUUUGAGAGGUUGUGAAUAUUUUGAUGGAAGCUAGAAAUUUCAUCGGGACAAUUUUGCUACCGUCUUUGGAUGCUACGUAUUUUCCUGUUCUAUUGAAUCAUUACUAGAAUAAAGUCCCGGACGAAGUCGAUGGGAAAUUGUGUGUCUGUGCUUUUUCAUUAUUUGAGGACACUCAGCUGUCCUCAAGGAUGACCGUAUAACCAUUUUUGUACAUAAUGGUGCAGUGUGCAUUAUUUUCAGGUGAUUAGAAUUUUUUUUGGGCGAAAACAUGAUUUGGUAGAGAAGUCGUGAAAAGGAUGAAACAAUUAAAUUUCUUGUCAUGAGAAUUCAAGAAUUGUCUUCUGUUUUACCACUUCACUACUGAAUUAUUUAAUUAUUUGAUUUAUCAAGGGAUGAGGACGCUCAUGGGCGAUUAUUUUUCAAAAUAAUAUGAGACAGUAUUAAUGCAAUGCACACUGCUUAUAAUAUAAGUGAGGCACUCUUGAUUCUAUGAAAAAAGCCCACCUGAGGUGACUAUUUUUCAGUUUCCUUAAUUUUAAUUAAUGAUAAAACGAUGCAUUUAAUGGAAAGACUUAAUAUUAUUGACAAUCGAAUCUAAUCCGGAAAUUAGAAGUUCUAUGAUAUCUCAAUUAUAACGAGUGUCUCACGUUUUACGUAAUCAAUCAGUAUCGAUAGAUUUUUCGUAAAUGAAUUCAGCGCAUAUUAUAGUUGUGCUAAAAAAAUUAGCUGACUUUUCUUUACUGGUACUUCAAUCCAGAAAAAAGUAGGGAGAAUAUUCAUUAGAUUGAUGAGGAGUCUGAUAAGGGCAAUGAUUGUGCCUCAACUUUCAUUUUAGUUCGUGCAUUUUUACUGAGUUUAAGGCAAGUUUUAACAUUCCUUUCGCAUUUAUUUUCGUAUAAUUCCAACAUUUAUUUAGGAAUUCCCUAGAAAAUGAUGAAAGGCUGGAUUAUCCACUGCCAUUGUUGUUAUUUAACAAUUUUUCUUUCAACUUGACACUCAGCAACUGUACGAUAAAUUUGUUGAAAUAAUUGUUUUUUUUUAUUAUUGAAAAUUAUGAACUUUCUAGGGCUGAAUAGGGAGAUGAGAUCCGUGCUUGUAGAAAUCAUAUUUUGAUUCGGCAAAACGGCCCUCACAAAAUGAAUGACGAUCUCAUCUACCAAUAGGGAACUUGCAUUGAUACAUUGCUACCUUGCUCGUAAUUUUAAUAUUUACCCAUUCCAUAAAAUGCGAAUGAGCCAAAUGAAGAUAAUUAUGAAGAAAUGCUGCCUCAGUAUUCGAUAAUAAUUAAUUGAACAUUACACUUUUGCGAAACUAUUAAUUCGACUUCAUGAAGAAUUUUUUAAUGUUCGAAAUUUUGAACUUUCGUCGACAAUCACUGAUUAAUGAAUAAUGAGCAUUUUUAAUCGUUAAGAAUGAUAAAUCGGAAUCAAUUCCUAAAGUGAUCAGAGUCAGGGGGCAACUAAUGUGUGAUGGAAUACUUCAAAUGAAGGAUUAAACAUUGAAGAACUUGAAAUUAAAAAAAUAUUUUUAACAAUCCUGCAAGUUCCCUAUUACACUUGAUAAAAAAUAUCUAUCUCCUUGACAUUGUCAUCGAAAUAAUUUCGUGAUACGUUGAUCUGUGUGCCAGUGUGCAAUAUAAAUAAAAGGAUGAUUUAAAAUCUCGUGAGGCAAAAUGGAAAAUUAAAUUGUCAAGUGAGACGAGUUGAAUUCAAUUGAUAAGAUGAAGGAGAGUGAAACUAAAUUAUUGCAAGAGCACUCUAUCCGCAAAUCAAUCGUGGUGACAAUAGAAUAUACCGUUAUACAGUAAUCAAUUGGUUUAUAAAGAACCCUAAAUAUAUCGGGGUAUGACGAUCACUGGAAGAAUGAAAAUCAGGAGCAAAGCGGUGAAUCUUGAGUCAAAUUACAUUAAUCACAUUUUCCAUACAUCUGGAGAACGAGUGGUUUCAGAAAAUAAAAAAUUCUAGGGACAUUUUUCGCAGUGGGUUAAAUCAAUCGUGAACUAAAUGAAUUGGAAAUUUAUUUAGUAAUUCAAAUAAAUCUUGACAUUUGUUGCUCAAACUACUUGUUCCUGAGGUGAUUCACGGUUUAUAAGUCAAAAAUAUUCUUUUUCCUGAUUUUACUACUUUACUUCUGCAAUGAAAAAAAAAGCAAGAAAAAUAUAUAUAUAAACAUAAACCUCGUUGUUAACUCGCAUUGUUGUGUGAACGUGAAGACAUCCAAGUUCGUUAAUAAAUAAUAAAAAAUAACUGCAUUUAAUGAUUAAUAAUUUGUAAGUUUCGGAGGUAAGAAGUAAUACUGAAUAAUGAAUAAUUCAGGUAGAUUCGGGCGAAAUAUUUCGAGACUAGAAAAUCGUCCUUAUAAAUUGUAAAAUAAUUCGUGAUUAUUCAUAAUGAGAGAUGAAUCAUUCCAAUUUAGAAUUAGCUCAAGGCUAAUCUCUCUUGCGCUCAUUGAGAACUUCGAAUGAAUUUCCAUAUGCCGCUUUAUUAUUUACUAUUCUGUAAAUCUUUUAGACUUAAAGAUACUGUGUUAUGUCACGCUUCAGUGAUGAAAUGACGUUUGAUAUGUCGUCCUUUUAAUCUACUAUUGUUAUGGGGAGAAAAUGAGGUGAGGAAAUUUGGAGGUGAAGUGGUGAAGUGCAAAUUAUUGAGAAAAUUGCUGAAUUUUUUCAUUGUUCAUUUAUGUCGGAGAAACUAAUGCUUUAAAAACGUAUGGAAAUGUUUUUAUGUGGUCGGAAAUUUGUAUUCAGAAAAUGCUAAAUCCAAGAUCAAUUGUAACUGUUUAAUGACGAAUAAUUACUGCAGAAAAGUUAAUUGUUCUAGUAAUUGUCCGUUUAGACAACUAAUAAUAUGAGAGAAAAUGUCAGACCUUUUGAGAUUUCACCACUUCACUCUGAAGAUAUAUUAUAUGUAAAAAAAAUCUGAAAUUCGACAAAAAUUGUCGAAAACUGUUGACUUGAUAUCGAGUUCUAUCGGCCUACCCAGCUCUAUUCAACUCCCCAUUGUAAUAUCCCCUCGACUGUACUUGCUUGAAACAAUCGCCACACUUCUCUGGGAAUGAUAAAUGACAGAUAAUAAUAAUGUAAAAAGCGAAUAAUAGAAAUGAUCAUUGAAAGAUAAUUAGAAUGGAGUUAUAUGAAUGGAUAUUUCACGAAUCAAGUAUUUUUGUACGUUUACCUGUACUUUUCAAAAAAUUUUAAUGAUGGAGACAAAAAGUAAUAACCGAUACUUUAAUCUAUUGUUAUUGUGAUAACGGAGAAGCCGAUAAUCGUCUGCAUUAAUUUAAUACCUUGAUGAUUACUGAAAUAAUUAAUGAAAGUGUCGAUAGUUGAGGAGUGCAGCAGAAUGUGAAUUACAAUUAACAAUCAGUUUUUAAAAAUAUUUCUUUUCGAGUAUGAGAUAUUUAUCAAAAGCCUCUCUACUGUCGACCAAUCCUCAAUUUUUAAUCCUCGCCCCUUCGCCUCCCAUCCAAGUACUUGUGUAUGCUGCAUGUUCCAAUCUUGCAAAAUCAAUUUACAAAAACAGACUGUACUUUCUUCGUACCAUUAAUUUAACUAUCGUAAUUUCCUCACUUUUUAUUAAAACAGGGAUAUGUCUUUUUUAUAGUCAAAUGAAGAGAGUCUCAGAAUGUCUAAAUAAACAAAAGUAUUCCUGAAUUUCCUGUGAAACUCAUUUCUCCCUUAAGAUUGUGGGGCAUAUUCGGAUAACAGUAGCUCUUCCCUCGCUUUAAAUCUGGAGAUUAUUAAAAACUAUAAACAAAUUCGAAAAAAUUCAAUUAAACCCAGAAUUUUCUACGCAAUUACUCCGCUCAUCUCUUCCAUUCAUAUUAUUAAUUUUCUGCUGAAUUUCUUAACAUAUUGUUAGCAAAUAAAACAUUAUAAAUACUAUUUAAUUAACGCUCGUGCAAUGGGACAUGUUUUAUUUGGCCUGAGUUAAACGAUUUUAGCUACAGAAAUUGAGAGAAAUUAGUAUCACAGGAAAUUCCGGGACAUUUGUUUAUUCAUCAAGAUUCAGAGACUCUUCACUAGAAAUAAAAACGAAAUAUCUUUGCAUCAUUAGCAAGUGUCAAAUAUGCUCUUCUUUUUAAAGACUUAUUGUAUAAUUCCCGGAUCCAGUAAUCGAGAAUUAUCAAUUGAUUAAAUGUAAUAUCGAUUGAGUGUUGAUGAAAUUUUCCUCUUCCACUUUUUAUACAUAAAAAAAAUGAUGAAAAAAAAAUCAUAAUAAUCCAAUGAUAUACAAUUGAAUCUGCGCCGACGAUGCAGUUUUAUAAUAUUUAUUCCUGUUGAAUCGUGUAUAAUGUUAAAUCUAAAAGAAAAACUAAUGCAAAAUCAUUCGUCGAGGUAAUGACAGAAAUGUGAGAGAACGAAAAACCACGGCGAUUUAAUCGUAACAACUGUUUGAAACAUUAAGAGUAAUGGUUAAAUUGAAUAUGAAUAAAGAAUUAAAAAAAAUCUGUAUCUUGAGUGCCGUUCACAACUGACGGUUGCGCUAUAUUUUCUAAUGGACUUACUACUUUAUCUUAUAUUUCUUGUGAACCAUUCGAUGGAUGGAGGAUUUACAAAAAUACCUAAAUGACACUACUUGAAGACAUUCUAUGUUUUUUAUCAUUAUAUUGUAUCAUCCACUGAUUCAUCGAAGAAUAAUUAGCUGCCUGAUGACAAAAAAAAGAUAAUAUUUAUUAUUAAUGUACAUAAGACAACGGAAAAAAUGAUGUUAUUGUAAUAAAAUGGAAUCAAGAGGGUAAUAUACGAUUAAUUAAAUCUG